AUGGAGCCUGGCAGUUAUGGACGCGUCGUGCGUCUGGAGGUCCAGGAUUUCAAAUCGUAUCGCGGCACCACCGUCAUCGGACCCUUCCAUGACUUCACCACCAUCAUCGGUCCGAACGGCAGUGGCAAGAGCAAUGUCAUGGAUGCCAUAAGCUUUGUUCUGGGUGUGCGCACAGCGCACCUGCGAGGCAGCUUGAGCGAGCUUCUGUACUUUAACUCCGACAGCCAGUCGCCGGAGGACAGGCCCAAGACUGGUCGGGUGACGCUGGUCUUCCAGCCUGGGGACCCAGGGGCCGAGGAGGUGCACUUCACUCGAGCCAUAGUGGCCUCAGGCGACGGCAGCACACACACGAGUCAGUAUCGUAUCAAUGGCAAGCAAGUCACGCUGGAGGCAUACAACACCCGCCUCGAGGGGUUUGGCGUCCUCGUCAAAGCACGCACCUUCCUCGUCUUCCAGGGUGACAUUGAGAAUGUGGCGCAGAUGAGACCACUUGAGCUCACAGCCAUGUUUGAGCAGAUCUCGGGGUCUGCUGCUUACAAAGAGGAGUAUGAACGAGCGGACCAGGAAAGGGCAGCAGCUGAAGCGCGCCUCUCAGUCAUCCACGCAGCAAAGAAAUCGAUAGCACAUGAGAAAAAGCAGAAGAAAGAGGAGAAGGAGGAGGCAGAUCGUGCUAUCGCCCUCCAGAAAGAAAUCGACGAGCGGCGCGCUACCCACUUUUUGUGGAGCCUCUUCCACCUUCGUCAGGAUGAGCUUGCUGCCCGGCAAGAGGCCGAUGCCAAGCGCGAGGGCAUUGCUCAGAUCCAGAAGGACAUCAAGGCCAACAAGGCGCUGCUGGAGUCUCAGCGCCGCCAGCAGGCCUCGCUGGCCAAGAAGCGGCUGCUCCUGGAGACCAGGAUCCGCAAGAUGACGGCCGAGCUGGAUCGGGGCAGUCCCGACCUGAUCAGGGUGCGGGAGGAGCUGAGCCGCGGCGCCAAGCGGCUCGCGUCCCUGCAGAAGCAGCUGGAGGAGGGCCGGCAUGGCGUGGAGGAGCAGAGGGCUCGGCACGCCGCCCUGGAGCGGCAGCUGGAAAGCCUGAACGACGCGCUGGCCCAGCUGGACGCCGACGUGGCAGCCGCCUCGAGCGACGAGCUGGCGAUGUCGGAGACGCUGCUGGCCGAGUACGCCCGGCUGAAGGCCGAGGUGGGGGCCCAGGUGUCGGCACUGGAGCUCGAUCGCGCCGCGCUUUCCUCCACGCACCAGGCGGAGCAGGAGGCGCAGCGCCUAGCGCAGGCCAGCCUGGAGGCUGUAGAUGCGCGCAUCGCCGGCCUGGGUGGGUGGAGAUGUGUCGGGGGGAAACAGGCCUUGGCAGUGGGGCAUACGCUCACCUCCGCCGACUUUGGGAUUGCGCAUGAGACCCUGUGCCCGCCGCCGCGAUCCAUCGCCACAGAGACAGAGCGUGUCGAGGCCGAGGAGCGGCUGGCCGCGGCCAAGGAGCGGGUGCAGGAGCUCGCGGGUCGGCUGGCGACGCUGCAGACGGAGCGGGAGGGGGCCAGUGGGGAGCGUCGGCGCGUGGACUCCAGGAGGGAGGCGCUGACGCGGCGGGCGGAGGACCUGGCCAACACCAUCCGCGAGGCCAGGGCCGACAAGCGCGAGGGGGCGCGGGAGCAGCGCACCUCCGAGGUGGUGGCCGCCAUGCGCCGCCAGAUUCCAGGGGUGCACGGGUUUGUGCACGACCUGGCGGACGUGGUGGAAGCCAAGUGGAAGCUGGCGUUGGCGGUGGUCAUGGGCCGCGACUUUGACGCCGUCGUGGUGGACACAGAUGAGGUUGGGAUGAAGUGCAUCCAGUACGCCAAGGAGCAGCGGGUGCCGCCCAUUACCUUCCUCCCCAUCGCCAGCCUCAGGGUCAAGGACGUGGACGAGCGGCAGGGGGCCCUGCCGGGGUCCGCACGCCUCGCCCUCCAGAGCACCCUGGUCUGUCACACGGUGGAGGAGGCCCGGGAGCUGGCCUUUGGCACGCCCGGCAUGCGGAGGAAGGUGGUGGCCAUGGACGGGACGCUGAUCAACAAGUCUGGCAUCAUCUCCGGCGGCGUGUAUGCUGGGCUGGAGGCCAGGGCCCAGAAGUGGGACAGGCAGGCCCUGGAGAACAUGAAGCAGCAACAUGCCGACCUGGAGGGGGAGCUGGCACGGCUGCCGACGGCGCGCCAGCUGGUCACCAGGGCGCAGGAGCUGGAGACAAGCCUCACCAAAACCACCAAUGAGCUCCACUUUGCACGGGUGGACGUCAAGGCCGCGGAGGAAAGGGUGCAGGAGGUCAAGGGCCAGCUGGCCGCGCUGACCAAGGAGCGUGCGGUCAGGGCUCCCCUCACCGCCAAACAGCAGCAGAGCAUGAAGGCGCGGGCCAAGGACAUCGAGAGGCUGACGGCAUCCAUCCACCAGAUCACCGACCGCGUGUUUGCCUCCUUCUCAAGGAAAGUCGGCGUCAAGAGCAUCCGCGAGUGGGAGCAGGACCACCUGAUGCGCACGGAGCGGGCGUCACGGGAGAGGCUCCAGCUCACCACCCAGAUCUCAAAGCUGACCAGCCAGCUGGAGUACGACCGGCGCGCUGAUAUCAGCGGGACCGUGGCUGGCCUCGAGCGCGAUCUGGCAGCGGAGCAGGCUGCCCAGGGGGAACUGAACGAGGCCGAGGCAAAGCUCCUGGAGAGUAGCAAGGGCGGGCAGGAGCGCCUUGCGGCGGCCCAGGAGGAGAGCGCCAGCCUGCGCGCGGCGAUUGAUGAGCUGGACGCCUCGGUCCGGGAGCUAAAGGUGGUGGCCCUGAACCAAGCUGCAGAAGUCGCUGCAGCGGAGCGUGCGCUGAAGGCCGCCUCGAGCAACGCAGCCGCCCUGGCCGCGCGGCAGGUGGAGGUGGCGCAGGAGGCGGAGAGGGAGCAGGUGCCCCUCCCGCGCAUGGGGCGGGCGGCCACGCCGUUAUCGGCCAUGGAGGAGGACGGCGAGGAGGCUGCCGACUCCCCGGCAGCAGACAUCGACUUUGGCGCGCUGCCCCGGAACCUGAGGAGCACCGACCCGGCGGCGCGCGGCCGCUUCGACCUCGAGCACAAGGAGGCCCUGGCCUCGCUGCGCGCGGCGCUGGCCCGCCUGGCGCCCAACCUGCGCGCCGCGGCGCAGUUCGAGGCGGUGCGCGCCCGCGAGCGAGAGCACCUGGAGGAGCUGGAGGCCGCGCGGCGCGCAGAGCGAGCUGCCGCGGCGGCCUUUGCUGCCGUGCGUGCCGCUCGGCACGACGCCUUCACCGCCGCCUUUGAGCACGUGGCGGCCUGCAUCGACCCCAUCUACAAGGCGAGGAGGCCCCUCUGGGAUGGGCAGCGCAGUGUGUUGGUGCUGGAGCUGACGAGCAGCGCGGUGCACCCCUCUGGCGGCCAGGCCUACCUGGCGCUGGACAGUGCGGACGAGCCCUUCUGCGCCGGGGUCAAGUUCAGCGCCAUGCCCCCGACCAAGCGCUUCCGGGACAUGGAGGCGCUGAGCGGGGGCGAGAAGACCGUGGCGGCCCUGGCCCUCCUCUUCGCCGUCCUCAGCUUCCGGCCCUGCCCCUUCUUCGUGAUGGACGAGGUGGAUGCGGCCCUGGACGCGGCCAACGUGGUGCGGGUCGCCAACUACCUGCGCCACAUGACGCGCCGCUCCACCGACGGCUCCUUCCAGGGCAUCGUGAUCAGCCUGAAGGACAGCUUCUACGACAAGGCCGAUGCGCUGGUGGGGGUGUGCCGCCACCCGGACACCAGCGCCUCCGCCACCUUCACCCUGGACCUGAACGCCUACGGGGAUGUGGUGGCCCAGUGA